UCUAACCUCGGGCUGCCUGAGAGCGGCUCCUGCUCUGUGCCCUCGCCUGGCCCAGCUGGGCGGCAGGUAGCCACAGCCGGGUCCCAGCCCCUCCCGGCAGCGGCAGCAGCAGCAGGAGGCGUUUCCGUGUCCACUGCAAACCCCCCUCCCAGCCGGCCCCGCCGCCGCCGACCCCAGCAGCUCUGGGCUGAGGCCGGGCAGGUGGCGGGACGGGCUGGCGGCCCCGGCCGUGGCCCUGGACCAGGAGGGGCCCGCGGGAUGAAGAUGGACUGGCUGCCCCAGCGCUGCCAGCUGCCGGCUGCCCAGGGCUGCUCCCGUCCGGGAUGCUUCACUUUGCUGCUGGUAAUAACUCUGUCUUUACUGAUGUACCCAGUGCUGAAGAGUCUAGGUCUUCAGCUGCACUCUGCAGUCACUGGCACCUAUAUCUCGGGAACCCAUUCCAUUGCUUUCAUUAACUGUCCCAAUGAACAAGUUGCAAAGGAUAUUGCAAGGGCCAUUAUGGAUAAAAAGCUGGCUGCCUGCGUGAAUAUCCUGCCGAAGGCCUCGUCUAUGUAUUUUUGGAAAGGGGAAAUAGAAGAAGCCACUGAAAUACUUCUAUUAGUGAAAACCAGGACGUCAAAAAUAAGUGAAUUAUCGGACUACAUCAGAUCCAUGCAUCCCUUUGAGAUUCCUGAAUUUAUCAGCCUGCCUAUAGACCAAGGAAACCCCCUCUAUUUAAAAUGGAUUGAAGAAGGUGUCCCCGAUGACUAGCUGGACUGCACCAUUCUGUCCUCCAGACAUACCUAGCAUGUCCUUCCUGCCAGGAGUAGAGGACCUUUGCUUUGGCGCUCUAGUCUUCUCUCACUGCAGGUGGGACUAGUGCAUACAUACAAAAGGACAAUAAAACCCCAAGGGAAUGUAGGUAGCACAAGCGCCUGGGAUUUGGAAUUUGACUCCUACUUGAAAUACAGUUUAAUGGACACGCCUCGUUUGUGUCAAUCUACAUUCUACUGAGCAUUUAGCAACACAUUGUAAGUGGAGCCUGAAGGAGAGAAAGGGCACAAGUUGUCCAAGAAUAGUUCCAAAGUUGUGAACAGCAGGGUUUGCAAAGGUGUGUGCGAUGGGAUGUGAGCUCCUAGGGAGACGCUGUGGUUAUUUUUAGGACCACAGGGUGAAAAUGCACAGGAUAGACCCCAGCAAUACAGUCCAUGGAGAACGACCAGAGUUCCAGUCCACUGGCUUUCAGGGGUUGGCUGCACUGCAGAGGAAGCAUGUGCAGCCCCAGUGACCGCUGGUCUGUCUGCCUCCUGAAGAAGGGUUGCUGCAAAGUGGAGGAACCAAAGAUGGGGAAGGUCCUGCCCAGCCCUCUGUCCCACCUGCCCAAAUGAAUGUAAAUCAGGAUGCAGCAAAACGUCCCAUGAUGCACCAGAUCAUGUCAUCUCCUGCUGUGCGGCACUGUUUGCAGCAACAUGCUGCUUUGCGUCCUGACAAGGCAGCAGAGCCAGCCAUUCAGAGUGCUGCCUACUGAGCAUUUGUGAAAGGAUCCCAGGCAGCGCAAACAAGAACCCACUGGGGUGGGGAAAAAGCUGGACUGGGGGCCGCAGCUGACAAUAGCCCACUGCUUCUGGGACGAGCACAAACGGUUACUGCUCCCCAGAGCAUACAGCAAUGCCUAAAGGCAGCAGGGAGCCAGUGAGGGCCUGUGCCGUGCUGCACAACAGUGCCAGGUUAAGGAGACAUUGGUCCCAACAAAAACUUCCCUCUGGCUGAAGCAAACACUUUCUCCCUUGGCAGCAUGUAACACUGCAGACUGAGGCACAGGCUUUUAAUAGAUUUAUUUUAUUAUCACGUAAAUUAUGGACCACUAUGUAGUAACUGAUGUGUCCAAGACGUUA